AUGGAUAAGGUUAUCAUUGCAGAGAAAAGUGGAAAUAUUGAAAAUAUUGAAAUUGCUAUCACUGAAAUACUUAAGAAAGAUCCAAUUAAUAAAGAGGCAAUUCAACGAUUAAUUGCUCUUAGAAUUCAACAAGGAAAUAAUGAUGAGGCAAUAUCUUUAUUACAAAAGUAUAAUGAAAUUUAUAUGGAAACACAAGCCUUUGUUCAAUUAGCUGAAUUGUAUUGUACAGAAGUUAGAUAUAAUGAUGCAUUUGAUAUUAUGCAAGAAGUUGUAAUGAUGGAACCAUCUAACUUUUAUAUGUGGCAAUUUGCUGGUGAAAUUGCCCUUCAAUUAAAUGCAGUGAAAGAAGCACGAAAAAUGUUUUUAAGUGCUUGUAAGUUAUCUGAUUAUAAAUAUGUUCGUGCGUUGAAAUCAACUGUUUUUGUGUUAGGUCUUUCAAAAGAAUCAAAAACAAAGAGUGAAGCAAUUGCAGCUCGUUUACAACAAUUACUUGAUGAAUAUCAACCUUCCAUUGAUAAACAAAAACGAAACUUCUUCUAA